GUUAAUGUUGUUAUAAGACAGUCUGUGGUAUUGUUAUUGUUUGGUUGCGACUUUGAAAUUUGAAGUAGUCUUAUGGCAUUUAUGUACAUUUAAAUUACUUAUUUUAUCUUGCCAUGAUGAGCCUCUGUGUCUUAAGAGCAGCAUCACGUCUCCACGAGCGUAUUGCUUAUACAAAAUUACUACCGGCGCGUGUAAUUCAACCCUACAGAAAGCAGCAGUAUGAAAAUCAGGCAUUGAAGAAAACUGUUCCCAAUGUUUUCACUCGUAAUAUGGCCACUGAUGUACCUGAUGAUAGGAGAUUAAACACUGAGGAGUUAAUGGAUCUCAUCAAAAAGAAGGAAGUUCUGUUAAUAGAUGUAAGAGGCCGAGAGGAAGUGAAACUAACUGUUAGAAUACCUCAGAGUCUUAAUAUCCCAGUGAGUGAAUUUACUACUGCUAUGAAGGUCCCAGAUCAAAUGUUUAAGCAGAAAUAUGGUUUUGAUAAACCACAACCAGAUGAUCCAGUUGUUUUCAUCUGUACUACUGGAGCAAGAAGUUACAUAGCUCUGAGAAAUGCUCUUCGAAUGGGCUACAAAAACUUUAGUACAUCAGCAUGGUGCCAAGAUGCUCAGAAAACACCUGUAAAGAUCAGUGCAGACAAAGCACUCUCUUAUGAUGACCUUGUAAAUCUAAUAGCCAGAAAAGAACUUUAUUUGGUUGAUGUUCGGGAGCCUCGUGAGCUACAAGAAACUGGAGAACUUCCUGGAAGUGUUAAUAUUCCUUUGACCGAGCUCCAGAGUGCUUUAAAAGAUCUCUCAGAAAAUGAUUUCCAAAAGAAAUAUGGAGCAAAGAAGCCCGGCCUGAAUGCACCUCUGAUAUUUUCAUGCCGUUCUGGAGCAAGAAGCUUAAAAGCCUUGCAGCUCGCGCUGGAUCUUGGAUACACAAAGGCAAAACACUACAAAGGUGGUUACUCAGACUGGGAAGAGCACACAAAACCAAAAACCAGCUAGAAAUGACAAUUCGAUAUUGGUACAUGUGAGACUCUGCAGGAAUUUGCUUGAGAGGAUAAAAUGCUUCAGAGGAUAAAAUGUAGUGCUUUUUUCUAUCUGCCUUAAUAAAAUGCAACUUUUCAUUUU